AUGGAAGACGACAAAGCCAGCUUUGGCCAUAUCGACCACGCCGCGGAGGAACAUGGCCUCCCGGAUCCCUCCAAAGAAAAAGAAACCAUGACUCCCGCCCCUAAUGAUCCCCAGAACUGGUCCACCGCUGCCAAACUCAUCACUUACCUCACCAUCUGCUUCUACACCUUCCUCGCCAAUGUCAACAGCAGCAACUUCACCGUCGCCACCAAGGCCAUCAUCGCCGAAUUCCACGUCUCCCAGACCCAAGCGGGCGAGCUCGUCUGCUUCAAUGUCUUCCUCUUCGGCGUCGGCAACAUCUUCUGGGUUCCACUGAUGCGCGUCAUCGGCAAACGCCCCGUCUAUCUCAUCUCCAUGCUCUUCCUCUCCAUGAUGAAUGUCUGGUCAUCUCGCGCCACCAGUUACGGCGAGCUGCUCGCCUCACGCAUAAUCUCCGGUUUCGCAGCAGCCGCAGCCGAUGCCACCGUCCCAGCCGUGGUCAGCGACAUGGUCGCUCCCCACGAACGCGGCCACUACCUGAUGAUCUUUCAUCUCGCUCUGACCGGUGGGCUUUUCCUCGGUCCUCUCAUUAACGCAUACCUGGUACAGGACGAGAAUUGGCGUUGGAUGUGUUACUUCCUCGCUAUAGCAGUUGGAGCUGUCUUCGUGGUCGCCAUUUUCACGGUUCGCGAAACAACCUAUCUCAGGCGACAUGCCACUUCCCAGAAGACGAAAUACUGGGAUUGGCUUUCCGUCACACGGGGAUACAAUCCGGAUGCAUCGUUCCUCCAAACUGUAUGGGACAUUCUCCGUAACGCGAUGUACCCUCAACUCCUAUGGUCGUCCUUCACCAUCGGAAUUUCAGUAGGAUGGAACAUCGUCGUCCAACUCACCGCAUCCCGCACCUUCACAGCCCCGCCCUACAACUGGCCCGCAGGCAGUAUCGGCCUCCUCUCUCUCUCCGGCUUCAUCGGCGCCCUGCUAGCCUUUUACCUCGGUGGACGUCUCAUCGACAUCCUCUCCACAUAUUAUACCCGACGACGCGGAGGCCAACGACUCCCGGAGUACCGACUCCCCGCCAUCAUCAUCCCCGGCACGAUCGGACCCGCGGGGAUCCUCAUCUUCGGACUGUGCGUGGCGAAUCAGACACACUGGGCUGGGGCGGCGGUAGGAUACGCCAUGCAGGCGUUUGGAGUGGCAGCUAUUUCUAAUGUGGCGGUCACGUAUUCGUUGGAUUGUUAUAAGCCGAUCACGGGCGAAGCAUUGGUGAUUAUUUUCGUGAUUCGGAAUACGAUCGGUAUGUUGUUGUCGCUGUAUGCGGCGGAUUGGAUCGCGAAACAGGGCGCCGCGAAAGUGUUUGGAGAAAUGACAGCCAUUCAGGGGGCGAGUAUAUUGCUGGCGGUGCCGUUGUUUCUUUGGGGCGCUGGACUACGCGAGGUGACGGGGCGGUAUGGGCCCAUGAAACGGUUUGUGGGAGUGUCUUAG